AUGGCAAACACUGUCCAACUCUUACCCCUCGGUUCUUCUUUUGUUCAAAACCUUCCCAAACACAAUUUGAGAGAAGCUAUUUGUAAUGUCGAACAAAGGUGGCAAAUAUGUUGUGUUGCCAACAAACAAACAAACUACUCUAUUACUAAACGAGCCUCCGGGUAUUACAAGCCGAGUUCUUGGAGUCAUGAGUUCAUGAUGUCCAUGGGAGAUGAUCACCGGAAGGAAGUUAAGGUGAGUAGCAUAAAGAAGUUGGAGGAGGCAGUGAAGUACAUGCUUGACGAUGAAGGUAUGGAGCCAUUGGACACACUUCAAUUAAUUGAUGAAAUUCAACGUCUAGGCUUGGGAUACCGUUUCAGAGAGAGUACAAAAUCUGCUCUCGACAAAAUCUUAUGUUCAGAAAAAGUGAUAAAGAAAAUGGACCAUAGUAUUCAUACUUGUGCUCUCUACUUCACCCUCCUUAGACAACAUGGAUACGAGGUUUCUGCAGACAUUUUCGAGAAUUUCAAGGACCACAAUGGCAACUUCAAGGGAAGCCUGGCCCAGGAUAUUCCAGGAAUGUUGACGUUGUAUGAAGCUUCACAUGUUGCAUACAAUGGAGAGAAUAUAUUAGAUGAGGCAAGAGAAUUCACAACUAUGAACCUCAAAGAAAUGCUGGGAAAAAUUGACAUGAAAAUGGGUGCACGAGUGAUCCAUGCCUUGGAAAUUCCAUUUCAGUGCAGAAUGCAGAGGCUAGAAGCCAGGUGGAAUAUUGAAGCAUAUACUAAAAAAGAUGAGGCAAAUCAACUGCUACUUAAAUUAGCAAAAUUGGAUUUCAACAUGGUCCAAUCCAUGCUCCAAAGAGAUCUCCAACAAGUCUCAUGUUGGUGGAAGGACGUGGGCUUAGCAAAUAAGUUGUACUUUGCAAGAGACAGACUGAUGGAGAGCUUCUUUUGGUCAGUUGGAAUGGUAUUUGAACCACAAUUUAGUGAAUGCCGAAAAGGUUUAACCAAAGUGGCUAAGCUAAUCACUAUUAUAGAUGAUGUUUAUGAUGUUUAUGGCUCUCUUGAAGAACUCGAACAAUUUACAGAUGCCGUUGAGAGAUGGGAUAUCAAUGCUUUGCAGCAUCUUCCUGACUUGAUGAAGAUAUGCUUUUUAGCUCUUUACAAUACUGUUAAUAACAUGGCAUAUGAUGUUCUCAAGGAUCAAGGGCAGGUCAUCCUUCCUGAGCUCACAAAAGUGAUUUUGAUAGCUGAACUUAUCUCUACAAAUCAUGUUUUUCAGUGGUCAGAUUUAUGCAAACUGUUCUUGAAGGAAGCGCAAUGGAGUCAUAGCAAACAUAUACCUACUUUUGAUGAGUAUCUCAAUACUGGAUGGUUAUCAUCAUCUGGACCACUUCUACUUGUUCAUGCCUACUUUCUAAUGGAAAAAAAUAUUACAAACGAAGCUAUAGAAUGCUUGAACAGCUACCCCGCUCUUUUACGCUACCCAUCCACAAUUUUUCGUCUUUCCAAUGAUUUAAGUUCCUCGAAGGCCGAGAUUGAGAGAGGGGAAACUACAAAUGCAAUUUCAUGUUACAUGCAUGAAAAUGGUGUUUCUGAGGAAGUUGCUCGUGAAUACACUAGGAGUUUGAUUGAUGAGAAUUGGAAGAUGAUGAAUAAAGAAUUGGUUUCGAAUUCCAUUUUCAGCAAGUCCUUUAUUGAAAUAGCCAUAAACCUUGCUCGAAUAGCCCAAUGUCACUACCAGUACGGAAAUUCUCACAGUGAUCCAAAUGACAUAACGAGAAACCGAAUUUUAUCUCUUAUUGUUGAGCCCAUUCAAUUGACGCAGCCGUAG